AAAGAAUACCUUUCCACUACCAGCUGGUCCCAUUACAAGCUGUGCGUAUCUCAUGUUUAAUCUUUAUUAUUAUACAAUCAAAUAAAAUACACUCGUAAGUUCCUCUUAUGUUUUGAUUUCACCAUGUGUUAUUUGAUGUCAAACCUGACAAAUUUAAACAAGAUAAGGUUAGGUUGUUCAGGUUAAGUUCUUCGUUACAACGUAAAUAAGAUGCUCACGUACACAGUCUCGGGCAGCUCCUAAAGUGAGGUAGCGCAUGAACGUUGAUCGAGAGUCACUAGCUUAAGGGGAAGCAGUUCGACACCGCUGAUAUGUACUAUAUAUAUAUAUAUAAAAUGUCAAUGUGAAUCUGCCUUAUGAUAUCAUUAUGCACUUGACGAAGGAAUGUUUGCUCUUUCGGUUUGUUGAUUUAAAAUUACCAUAAAAAGUAUCAUGGCGUCUAAGGUCCAUGUGGAAAGUAUUGUUGACGAACGUCGAUUACGUCGAAUAUACGAUUGGCUGGAUAAUGGAAACAAUAAAAAAGCUUUACAAGAGAUACAUAAGGUGCUUAAGAAACACCCAAACAAUCAGUGUGUUCAAAUGCUCAAAGCUUUAGCUUUAUUGCGACUUGGCAAAGAAGAUGAGUGUCAAGUUAUCAUGGAUAAAGUACGCUCAAAAGUACCCUGUGAUGAUUCUACUCUACAGGUUAUGAGUAUUUGUUACAGAGAGAUACAUCAACCAAAUAAAAUUAGUGAAGUGUACGAAGCUGCAGUUAAAGCAGAUCCAAACAAUGAGGAAUUAUUGACACACCUUUUUAUGUCUUACGUACGUCUUGGAGAUUAUAAGAAGCAACAACAAACAGCAUUUGCAUUAUAUAAACUAAAACCAAAAAAUCCUUAUUAUUUUUGGGCUGUGAUGAGUAUCGUUAUGCAGGCUAUUCACGCAGAUGAAAUCUUAGCAAAAACAGUUAUUUUACCUUUGGCAGAGAGAAUGGUAGUGAAAAUAAUUGAGGAAGGAAAAAUGGAAGCAGAGCAAGAAGUUCAACUAUAUUUAAUGAUAUUAAAACUUCAAGAUAAAAGUGAUGAAAUGUUAAAUGUUUUAUCUGGACCUUUAGCUUUGCAUUUAUCACCUAUUCCUCAAUGCAAAGCAGCACUUUUGUCAAAAUUGGAACGGUUUUCUGAAGCAGCGAGUGCGUAUAAGGAACUUAUCAGUGAAAAUACAGACAAUUGGGCAUAUUAUCAAGACUAUCUUUUUGCGGCUUUGAAGUUUCAAAAACCAGAAGAAUGUUUAGAUUUUUUUGAUAAGAUUAUAAGCACAUCAGAGAAAAAAGUCAGAGCCCCAUAUUUGGCUAAGUUAGAAUUAUUCAAACGCACUCAAAAUAAAGGAGUUGUUGAGAAUGCUGCGGAAGCAAUGAACAUAAUGCAUCAGUAUUUCUCACAGUUUGGAGAAAAAGACUGUGUAGUUCAAGAUUUACGAUUGUACUUAAAUUUAUUAACACAUGUAGACAAAUUACAAUUACUUCGAAAAAUAGAAAAUGAUGUGGGUGUUAAACCAGAGGAAUUUCCAACAACUGUCUCACAAAUGCAAAAACAUAUUCAUUUAGAACAGCUCCGUCGUAUCUGUGGUUUGCAUCAUUCCCCUAACGUAUCCAUAAAUGAACAAAAGCAACUAGUAGAGCGAUUAUGUAAAUUAUAUGAAAAGGGUAACGAAUUAUGUCCAAUUCAAGAAAGAUUACCAACAGACUUCUGUCCUGCGGAUUCUUAUAUCCUUUUAACUACACAUUUAUUGCAUGAACUGUGGAGCAAUACUGAUGAAGCAUCUUAUCUCUAUAGAGCCAUGUCAAUAUUAGAACGUGGUUUAGCAUCGAGUCCUGCAAACUUUCAUAUGAAAAUUUUACUUAUACGAAUAUAUUUGGAAGCAGGAUUAGUGGGUGCAGCGGAUCAUGUUUUUACGUUAUUAGAUGUUAAGCACAUUCAGUUAGAUUCUUUAGGUUAUUUACUUGCUCCAAUGCUAGCUCCAUUCGGCCAUCUUUUCUUGGCUUCUGCAACUUUAGAUCACUCCAAUAAAUUCUUUGUUGCAAAUUGUAAAGAUAGUGCAGAUCACUUAACGUUCGCUUAUAAAUAUGGAAGUUUUGUAAAAAUUCAAGAAUUCGUGGAGUUGAGAGAACGUUUGGAGAAAUCCAUCCAUUUUGUUACGACUACGAUGGAUAAAAUGCUCCUGGAAUUAAGUUUGUGUGAUAGCCUCACGUCGCUGUUAUCUACCGUAAAUAAUAUACACAUUCAACCUGAUGAAGAUACAAUACAUUUGAAUUCAUUGCGAGAUAAUCGUGAUUUGAAGGUUGUUUGUGGAUGGGAACCGUUGACAGAAAACGAAGUAGAUCCUAGAAUGCAAGAAGAAACACGCGAAUGUAUGUUAAAACUACUUGCCGCUAGGAGUUUAAUAUUAAAAAUUUUAUUAGCAUGUGGGACACCAGAUUUUUCUUCACUUCUAAAUCGAUUAUCUGCCGAACUAAAAGAGCUGGAUAAUGAACAGAUACCUCUUAUAUUGGAAAAGUUUGAAUCCGAAGGGAAAAAAAAUAAACCAUGUAAAAUAUUGGUUCCUAUGGAUGCAGUAGAGAGGUUGCGUGAAGCCCAUUAUUCUGAACAAUUGAAGACAAUUGCUCGACUGGCAGAAUCGCUGUCUCAGUCAGGUUAUCUUGACUUUGAAUGUAUUGAAAUGCUGCGAACGUCACCAUGCCUUCAGACAAUAGAAAUUCCUGAAAAAGAUGUUCCAGUAUCUUUCAAACAUUUUCUAUUGAGAGCAUCUACGUGUAGCGAAUCUCUUGCAGUUAUUAGUGCCAUAUGCACUAUGUGUGCAACUCAGUUACAACCUCGGAUUUCACAGAAAAAGAAUAAAAAGAAAUGCUGUAAGGAAAUUGAAUCACUUUCAAUGAAUGACAAUGACCAUAACUGGAAAGAUAUUUCAACGUUACUUGUAAAAAGGAUUCAAGCUUUAGAUACGGUGCUUACUGAAUUUGAGAAGUAUCAGCUAAAUACGGGACUGAAUAAUAGUGAAGAUGAUAUACACGCGACGAUACUAAAAUAUGGACAGGCUAGUCUAGGACAAAGCUGUGGACCGCUAAAAUCUCGAGCUCAAAUCACAUUGAAAUUGUUGAAUAGUUUAAAGAGCUGAAAUUGUACGAAAAUUCUUGUACAAAGAAUAUCCAUCCAACUAUUUACUGAUUUUUAAAAUUAAUUCAUUUAUUGUGUACAUUAUUCUUACUUUGUCCUAACCAAUCAUAAAUGUCGAUUAUGUCGAAAUGUUUAUUACAAAUUGAAAUUUUUAAAUCACUUAAAUUUCGCACCAAAUUUGAAGACGUUAGUAAAAUAGUAAUUUUUGUGUUAGUUAAUGUUUAGAUUGAAAACUUCACCAACAACUGUAAAACUGUGUAAAGAUAAUUUAAUAAUCGUCGUUUUUCUAAAAACAAAAAGUAAUAGGACGGUUACGAAUUCUUUUAUUUGUAGUAAAUCACAAUGUUGAAAAGGUGCUUUAGAAACAAAAUUUCUGUAUAAUUUCUAGCAUUUCUUGACAAUAUAAUUACAGAAUUAUUUAAAAUGCAACUGUGAAUUUAAGUAAAUUACUUAAAUCCUUUGUUGUGGAAACAAUAUAUAUAUUUUGAAAAGUGUAUAAGUCAUAGACAAAAUGUGUUAUAAAUG